AUGACGGCUUCCUUCAGUCCCUCGGCGAGGGGGAGGGAGGACGCGACGAUGAGCGGGGAGUCGUGGAUCGCAGGGCAAGGAGAAAACCAGGAACCUGGCCUCUCCACCGAGAACGCGGACGCAGACUCCACUCAGGAUGGCGGCACAGAAGUGCAAGUCCACUUCUCCACGGGUUUGCCGGAAUUCUUUCAGCUUCCUGACCAGCCGUUUGUCGUGCCCAGCCGCUUCCGCAGGCUCGAGCUCUCAAAGCUGGUCAAUCAACUCCUCGAGCAGCAGGACGACCCCGACUGGCCUGGGCACCAGCCCUUCGACUUCCUGGUGGACGGGAAGCUGUUCCUUCGAACGUCUCUCGAGGAGUACAUGCGCGCGCGAGGCAUCACUGCAGAGGUGCCGCUUAAUCUCCACUACCAGUUGGCCGUUCGCAUCUUGGGAGCCCGACAGUUGCCGCGUGCUGCGGACUGGAUUUCGUCUCUCUCUUUCAUUCCCACGGAAAACAUCCUCGUCGAAGCUUCGUACGACGGAUGUUGCCGUCUCCACUCUGUCUCUCCACGGUCGCCGGUCGCUCUGACCUCUUCGCUUUCUCCCUCGUCUCCGGUCGUGACGCUUGCGCUGAAUCGCGGGCCCCUCACGGCGUCUGCGGCCUUCGCCGCGGGUGCCUUCCUUCCUCUACAUUCGUCUCAACUUCUUCUUGGCAGUUCCAGCGGGGCACUAUACUUCCUCGCGUCGUGGGCGUCGACAUCAGGGGCGGCUGACGGAGAGGAGCGUCGCGUGUUGGACAAGAGAGCGGUCGGGAUCUGGCAGGCGGAGGUGCAAGCUGUGGGCUGUCUCGACUCCAGCGUGGCGAGUCUGGGCGUCAGCACCGAUGGCGUGACGGUGGCGGCCGGCGACAAGGAGGGCAACGUAUAUUUGUGGGAGAACUUCUUGCUCUUGACGCAUGCGGCGACGCAGGUCGAGAAGCUGCGCGCCAGAGACGAGGAGGACGGCGAGCGGAAGAAGAAGCGCCAGGCGGCGGCCUUGUCCACCGCUGGCGACGACGGCGCACUCUUCGCCGUUCAAGAAGUUCGCCCGAAACUGCGGCUGCGGGCUGCCCACACAGCCCCGGUGUCUGACCUGGCGUUCGCGCCGGCGCCGCUCAGGUGUGUGCUCUACUCUGCUUCGCUGGACAACUCGAUCUCCGCGUGGGACACACUCCUCGGGGGCGACGCGCUGGUCACGUGGCCCGUGUCGCGCGGCGUCACGUCGCUCGCCUGCUGCCCCGUAGACGGCCGCAUUGUGUGCAGCGCACACGAAGACGGGCGACUGCGACUGUGGGACGUCCGCUCUGGCGCUGGGAACGAGGAGAUGCACGCUUCGCGAAAGGCGUCCAGUGUGCUGACGCUGGACGCGAACUCGCGCUUUGACCUUCGCUUCGCCUUCGGCUCCGCCCACCAGCGGCUUUGCACGCAGGUGCGGUGGCUGCCGCGGCAGCUCGCGCGGAAAGGCGACGACGGCGAGAGCGAGAAGACCGAGGAGGGCGAACACAUCUUGGCCUCCGUUGGGCAGGACGGGCUCCUGAAGCUCUUCGACGUCCGCGCGCCUUCGAUGCCUCUGCUGACCGUGGAAGUACAGGGAGGAGAAGGCGAAGCGCGAAAACCAGGUAAACCCGUCAGACUGUUGGCGACCGCCUGGGUGGGCCCCACACGCAUCGCCACUGGCGGCUCCGACGGCGUCACCCGAAUCCACGCGUUCGGAUCGAGGUGGGCGGAAACCGACGCGUGA